GGUUAUUGGGAAGCGGAGGCACCGAGCUGGCGACACCCGCGCUUGGGAAUUAUUAAAACACAUUCGCGCUGUUAUAUGUAAAGCUGUUAACUAAUCUGGACAACCUUGGCUUUUUAGCAGUUUUUAAUGCCGUCAUGUGAGUGCCCUUGGUUUUUCGCUUGUUUAGUUUUCUUUUUUUCGCCCCUCGGUCUUUUUCUUUAAUUUCCCCCUUCAUCACACAGGCUAAGUAGGACUAGUAAUCAACCACCGCUGUUCUUCUGACUCCGGCGUUCCUUUGGCGGAUCUGUCUGUCGGGGAGCACACUUUAGCUGUGAUGUCCCCCGCGGAGAGCGGCUAGUUUUGGCCAAAGCAAGCGCCCCAAAUCCAAGCGCUGCUAAGUGUCGGGCCGGCGGCGCUCAGGGUUAGCAGCGUUGCUAACAAGAGGAGAAAACCCAACGGAGGCUCUUUUUGUGAUUUUCUUUUUUUUUUUUUCCUCUCGCGUCAUUAAAUCUGGUGGCGAAAAAGGGAAUAAAAUCGACAAAUACAAACGGGCUACAAUUGACGUAGUCUAACAAUGGGAUUUCAACAGUACUGAAGCGCACUAAAAACUUACAGGGAGGGAAGAGGCAAAGGGAAAACAACUUUGUGUGGACUAGUGCUGAAAGGGGAAUCUGUUCUGCAGUCAGCCCUGGUGCAUGCUGCUCCUCAACAGCCAUUCUUGAAACUGUGUGCCGAGGACUGCCGAACGCCAGCAUGUGCAACAAAAGGAAGGAGUGCAAGGACUCGGGGCCCUGCAGGCUGUGGACUGGCUGGACUGUCUUCCUGGUGCUGAGCCUGAUGAUGGCCAGGGUGCGAGGAGCAUGGCCUGCAGGGCAAAUAGAGAUCCUAGGGGAUCUGUCUGGGCAGCUGGAGGCCUCCAUGCACUCAUCUGUCCUGGCAGACCUGCAGGAGGCUCCUAUUGCGAGCGACGCUGCAAUACCCGCCGGAUUCCCAGACUCGUCGGCAAUCGUGGGCCGGCUGUUCCAGAUGAGACUUCCCACGAAGAUGGCAGAUGCCAGCAGCACACUGAAGGUAACUGAGGCUGGUAAAGAAACUUUACCUUCCUGGUUACACUGGGACAUGGAAAGCCACACUCUACAGGGCCUUCCAGUAGAGGCUGACAAAGGUGUUCACUACAUCUCAGUCUCUGUGACUGAGUCUGACACUAAUGGGAGCCACUCCCCUCAAGUUUUCUCCAUUGAAGUGCACCCAGAUGACCAUACUGAAACUGACUCCAUUCAACUCCAGUCAACUACCAAUGAAGCUCAGCCAUUUGUCUGUGGCAAUGAGGUACCAGUCACAGUGCUCACUGUCAUAUUGGAUGCUGAUCUCACAAAGAUGAACUCUGAACAGCGAGUGGAAUUGCUUAAAAAAAUGAAGAAGUUUUCUGGGGUAGGGCUGCAGCACAUGAAGGUCCUGCCUGUUGUCAAUAAUCGCCUCUUUGACAUGUCUGCUUUCAUGGCUGGACCAGGAAAUGCCAAAAAAGUAGUGGAAAAUGGGGCCCUCAUGUCCUGGAAACUGGGUUGUGCAUUGGACCAAAGCAAUGUUCCUGAUAUCAGCAGUGUCCAGGUACCUGCCAAAGAGGGAACAAUGUCAGCACAAUUGGGCUAUCCCGUUGUUGGAUGGCAUAUUGCUAAUAAGAAGCCACAUAUACCCAAGAGAGUCCGACGACAGCUCAACAUUACUCCUACUCCUGUUCCUUCAAUUCUGCCCCCUACAACUUUUUCUGAACCUCUUCCCCGACUUGUACCCACACCUAUGUCUCCUUCCAUUGCGUCAACUACUGAAAGCUCUGCUCCUCCAGUAAGAGGUCCUGUGCCUCUGCCUGUGAAGCCCACCAUAAAGAUGAAAGAUCUGACUGCCCACACUCCUACAUUGGAGCCUCCUCAGCCAACAAGAGUAAUGGAUACUACUAGCACCAUUUCCAUCAUGCCCACCAUGACCAGGCCAGUGUUUGUUGAGGCCACGGCAUCACCUACCCCAACAACAUCCACCACCCGAAAACCGAAGACCCCUACAUCAACAAAGAAACCCAGGAAGCCGAAGACUACCCCUGUUCCCAGGGAUACUAGGACUACCACAGCCAAACCGCCAAGACGCACAACCCCUCCGCCUGUUGUGCCUGACUCUAGCAAUAAGAAACCAGAGCUACGCAACCCAAUUGAUCAAGUGAAUGCAUGGGUUGGUACCUAUUUUGAGGUAAAAAUUCCCUCUGACACAUUCUUUGAUAAAGAGGAUGGAACCACAGACAAACUGAGGUUGACCUUGCGGAUGAAUCACAAUGAAGUUGUGGGUGAUGGUUCUUGGAUUCAGUUCAAUAGUACCAGUCAAUUAUUGUAUGGCCUUCCAGACUCCCAGCACGUAGGCAAGCAUGAGUACUUUAUGCAGGCAACUGACAAAGGUGGAUUGAGCUCCAUAGAUGCAUUUGAGGUACGUGUUAAUCGUUGGCCGUCCAGUGACAAGCCCCCCGUUCUAUUUGUUGCCCGUUUCCAAGGGGAGCCUCGUAUGGUUACCAAUGACAUUCACAAGAAGAUAUUGCUAAUAAAGAAGCUAGCCUAUUCAUUUGGGGACCGUAAUAGCAGCACAGUCACCUUGAGAAACAUCACUAAGGGCUCCAUGGUGGUGGAGUGGACAAAUAACAGCCUCCAGCAGAACCCUUGUCCUAAAGAACAAAUCCAAGUAAUGAGUCGUAAGAUCUCUGAUCCCACAGGCAGGCCCUCCUCCGCUUUCAAUAAUGCUCUGGAACCAGAUUUCAAACCCAUUAAUAUCACAGUUAAAGGCAGAGGAAGCUGUCGCAACUACAUGUUUGUGCCACCAGGAGAGAUUGUUAUUCCUCCCCCUCCAACUGACGCACCUUCUCUAGGUACAGGACGCCAGAGCACAGAUGAUGUGUACCUACACACUGUAAUUCCAGCAGUGGUUGUUGCUGCAAUCUUGCUGGUAGCAGGCAUCAUUGCCAUGAUCUGUUACCGCAAGAAGCGCAAGGGAAAGCUCACCAUUGAAGACCAGGCCACCUUUAUCAAGAAAGGGGUUCCCAUCAUAUUUGCUGAUGAGAUGGAUGACUCAAAACCCCCACCAUCUUCUAGCAUGCCCUUAAUCCUACAGGAAGAGAAACCCCCUCUACCUCCACCAGAGUAUCCCAACAUGGCUAGCCAAGAGACCACUCCCCUCAACCAGGACCUUUUAGGGGAGUAUACAGCCCUGCGGGACGAGGAUCCUAAUGCGCCUCCCUACCAGCCUCCACCACCUUUCACCGCCCCUAUGGAAGGAAAAGGUUCUCGUCCAAAGAACAUGACACCCUACAGAUCCCCGCCACCUUACGUGCCACCAUAAUGUUUGCAGGAGCCUCCAGUAGAGGAGGAAACGGGACUUCUGCAGUUCCAUACCAGUGUCUGUUUUGGGGUGAAAAGAGGGGUUCUAAUGAUUGUACAGUAUGGAACUGGUUGGGGUUGGGUGUUGGAAAGGAGGAAUUAAGUGGUGGUUUUCAAGAACAGCCAUCGCCAAGAGUUUACUUGACUUGGCUACAACUGCUUGGGAGAUGCACCCUCCUACCCGAGCAUUCUUUCAUUAUGGGCUUUUUUUUCUUUUAUUUUUUUUUGAAUGACUUCAAAUCGAAUCUACUCUCCUAACAGCAUUCUUUUUAACUUCUGAACUGUUACUUUCAAAUGAUACAAGAAGACAAUGCGAAAAGACUGCUGGUUCAAAGUUUUGCUAGGGAAAUCAUACACAUCAAGAAGAAAAGAACCAUCUUAGACAGUCAUGCAGACAGCACUGAGGUUAGUGUUCUGAUUCAGUAAGGUUUGCCUUUUAACACUAAUUGUACCAUUUUUAUCUGUAUUCAUAUGUCUAGCAAAAUGAGCAUAACAUCAACAAGAGGUAGACUAAAAAAAAUAUUUUUUUUCAUUUAAUCCACUGUAUAUUUGAACAGUGUUCUGGUAGAUUGUAUUUUUUGGGGUUGGCGAGGCAGGGGUGAGUUACCAGAUAGAAAUAAUCUGCAGGAAGCCUUUUUCUCCCCAGCAAUCUUUAAAUGACCAGGCAGUGAGUACCCAAGCCUGGUUUUCAUAUUACUUUGAAAAGUACGAACAGAAAUGUUUUUCAGUGAAGGAGUGGUGGAUUACCCCAGUUUCUACCCCUACUAAUCAAAAGGGUCAGUUUCACAGCAGUGCCAACAGGUCUUAUUUUUUCUCUAAUGUAGACUUUCCAUUACAUCCAAAUGACCCAAUAUUGUACAAAACAUACAAUGUCUAGUUUCUUAAUAUUAGUUGCAAAAUUUCAUGAUUGUAAGAGAAUGUCUUGAUGGCAUUGUAAAGAUGUUUUUUUU